CGAUAGCCGAUAGACACAUUUGGCAGCGGAUCUGUUUAUACAUUCUAGCAAUUUUAUUUCAUUUAAUUUAAGCACGUAAUUAGGGUUUAACAAAAACAUAAUAUGUCUAAGGAUGACAAGGAUAAGGUACAAAUCAUCGACAAGGACUUGGACCUCUCAAAUGCUGGUCGCGGUGUUUGGUUGGUGAAAGUGCCUAAAUAUAUUGCACAGAAAUGGGAAAAGGCUCCAUCAAACAUGGACGUAGGCAAGCUGCGCAUUAGUAAAACGCCGGGACAGAAAGCUCAGGUGUCACUAUCACUCACACCAAAUGUGCUGGCCCUAGAUCCCGACGAGAAAAUACCCACGGAGCAUGUGCUUGACGUGUCACAAGUGACAAAGCAGACUCUUGGCGUUUUUUCACACAUGGCACCAUCAGAGGCAACGUCAACAAGUGGGAGCAAUGGUAAAGAAAAUGGCUCUGGUGCUGCCACAGCGAUAAGCGACAAUGAGAAACUGUACAUGGAGGGACGGAUUGUGCAAAAGCUAGAGUGCCGCCCUAUUGCUGACACUUGCUACAUGAAACUGAAAUUAGAGUCUAUACGUAAGGCCUCGGAGCCAAUGCGUCGGGUGCAACCAAUCGACAAGAUCGUACAGAACUACAAGCCGGUCAAGGAUCAUGCACACAAUAUUGAGUAUCGCGAGCGUAAGAAAGCCGAGGGUAAAAAGGCGCGUGAUGACAAGAAUGCUGUGAUGGAUAUGCUCUUCCAUGCCUUUGAAAAGCAUCAGUACUAUAACAUAAAGGACUUGGUCAAGAUAACCAACCAACCCAUUAGUUACCUGAAGGAGAUUCUCAAAGAUGUCUGCGAUUACAAUAUGAAAAAUCCGCACAAAAAUAUGUGGGAGCUCAAAAAAGAGUAUCGUCACUACAAGACUGAAGAGCAAAAGAACGAAGAGAAGUCCAAGUCAGAUGGAAGCAGCGAUUCUGAAUAACACUCGGCCUCAUCUUCACCAUAACAUAUUGUAAUUGUUUUGUAUCAUCUCAAUUUCACACAAAAUGCCAGAUAUCUAUUAAUUAAGA